AUGGAAUAGCUUCCCUGGCAAGAACCCUACAAUCAUAAGAGCUUAAUCAAAACAUACUUUUUAAUGAUCGAUGAUAUGAAAGUAAUUCACCAUUUUUUAUUACAUAAAACCAAAAUUUCAUUUUAGUAGCCUCUUACAACUAACCAGAAAAGAUAGUAUUCAGGUAAUAAAUCAAGACUGGUCUAAAUUUAUAGCAAAUGCAAAAGGAAGAAGGGUAUUAAUCCAUAAUAACCUAUAGAAUCAAUAAGGAAGCAACAGGAGAGAAAUAAAUUAUUCGAAAAAUAAAAAUAAAAGAAUCUCAUAGAUCCAAUUACUGAAAAAGGAAUAGUAUCAGACCAAGAGUCAGCAAGAAGCCAGCAAUAACCACUCAAAAUGAUGAUCGACUGGUUAUCAAAAGAAGAAUCUGAGAGUGUUUAAAAAACUUAAAGAGGUUCUGAGGCCCUUCAAACCAAACUCCUGAAAAGAAUAAGGAGAUUUUCUAAUACCCUUAAAUAUAUUUGAAAAAGGAUUAACUAAUUUGAGAUUGAUUAUGGAUG